AUGACGCAAUGUAACUACUUAAGUAUAAUGGUGAUCAUAGUUGGAAGUAUUUACUUAUCUGCAAAACAAGAACUUCAAAUCACCAUCAACGACAGUGCCAUUAAGUGGGGCCCAAACUUUAAAAUGUUGUCACAUGACCCUACAACAAGCAAAACCAAUGGCCAUCUGAAUCAUAUGAAUCAGUUGUCACAUGACCCUACAACAAGCAAAACCAAUGACCAUCUGAAUCAUAUGAAUCAGUUGUCACAUGACCCUACAACAUGCAAAACCAAUGACCAUAUGAAUCAUAUGAAUCAGUUGUCACAUGACCCUAUAACAAGCAAAACCAAUGGCCAUCUGAAUCAAAUGAAUCAGUUGUUACAUGACCCUACAACAAGCAAAACCAAUGGCCAUCUGAAUCAUAUGAAUCAGUUGUCACAUGACCCUACAACAUGCAAAACCAAUGACCAUCUGAAUCAUAUGAAUCAGUUGUCACAUGACCCUACAACAAGCAAAACCAAUGGCCAUCUGAAUCAAAUGAAUCAGUUGUUACAUGACCCUACAACAAGCAAAACCAAUGGCCAUCUGAAUCAUAUGAAUCAGUUGUCACAUGACCCUACAACAUGCAAAACCAAUGACCAUCUGAAUCAUAUGAAUCAGUUGUCACAUGACCCUACAACAAGCAAAACCAAUGGCCAUCUGAAUCAUAUGAAUCAGUUGUCACAUGACCCUACAACAUGCAAAACCAAUGACCAUUGGAAUCAUCAGAUCCCUCAGUCUAUGUGUACUGACAGCUGCCGUCCUGGUUACAGAAAAGCCACUAUAGAAGGACGGCCUAAGUGCUGCUAUGACUGUGUCCCAUGUUCUGAAGGAGAGAUCUCCAAUGGCACAGAUUUUGAAAAUUGCCUGCAGUGUCCUGAGGACCUAUGGCCUGAUAAAGACAAGGUGAUGUGUAUUCCAAGAAUCAUAGAAUUCCUCUCCUAUCUGGAUCCACUUGGUGAAGUCAUGUCAGUCCUGGCAAUUUUCCACUCUGCUGUAACAGUUGCCGUUUUAGGUGUAUUUAUAAAGCACAGACAGACUGCAAUUGUUAAAGCCAAUAAUGAGAAUCUCAGCUACUCGCUACUAAUUUCACUCGCCAUGUGCUUCCUCUGCUCUUUGCUUUUUAUUGGACGUCCUGUAACAGUGACCUGUAUGGUUAGACAAGCUGCCUUUGGAAUUAUUUUCACUCUUGCUGUUUCCUGUAUUUUGGCAAAAACAGUCACUGUAGUCAUUGCCUUUAAUGCUAUGAAACCCAACAGCAAAUUAAGAAAAUGGAUAGGGAAAAGAAUACCCUACUGCAUUGUAGUCUUCUGCUCCCUUGGAAUGAUGGUGAUAUGUGUCAUUUGGUUGCUCAUCUUUCCCCCUUUUCAGGAAUACGACACCCAUACAAAGCAUGACAAAAUCAUACUACAGUGUAAUGAAGGGUCAGACGCUAUUUUCUAUAUUGUCGUUGGUUACAUGGGGGUUUUGGCUUUUCUAAGCUUUGUUGUGGCUUUUUUUGCCAGAAAACUGCCGGACACUUACAAUGAAGCUCAGUACAUUACCUUCAGCAUGCUGGUCUUCUGCAGUGUUUGGGUCACAUUCAUCCCAGCCUACCUCAGCACCAAAGGCAAAUAUAUGGUGGCUGUGGAGGUCUUCACGAUCUUGGCAUCUGGUGCUGGACUUCUCUUCUGUAUCUUUAUUCCUAAAUGUUAUAUUAUACUAAUGAGACCUGACCUUAACUCUCGAGCUUAUGUUACAAGAAAAGUUCAUUAG